CAGGAAGGGAAAAGUUGUCAGACAGAUUUCUAUCAUCAGAGCAAGUAGUGAGUAGAAGAAAUGAGCACAAUGCAACACUCCACUCUUUUCCAUAUGGAGAAGCCAGAACAUGAAGACAUCUGUGAAUACCAUCUGUUCUCUCUUCCUUGCCCUGAUGCCCCUUGUAAAUGGCAGGGCUCACUGAGAGCCAUUAUGUCCCACCUCAUGCAUGCUCACAAGAGCAUCACUACUCUUCAAGGGGAAAACAUCAUAUUCUUAGCCACAGACAUUAAUUUGUCUGGGGCCAUCAAUUGGGUAAUGAUGCAGUCCUGCUUUGGCCAUCACUUCAGGCUGGUGCUGGAGAAACAAGAGAAGUAUAAGGGUCACCAACAGGUCUUUGCCAUCAUGCUGCUCAUUGGGACCCAGAAGCAAGCAGAGAACUUUGCUUAUAAACUGGAACUGAAUUGCAACCAGCAGAGACUGACAUGGGAAGCCAAGCCCUGUUCCAUCCAUGAUGGGGCAGCUACCACCAUCUUGAAAUAUGACUGCCUUGUUUUUGAUACCGCCACAGCACAUCUCUUUGCCAAUAAUGGGAACCUCAGAAUCAAUGCGAAAAUUUCAACAUGUCCAUGA